AUGGCAGGGCGAGGAGACGCAAUGCUAUGGACUGUGGCGAACGGGGUGACGGCAGGGAGGAUCGUGAUGGUGAUUGUGUUUGCUGUCUCUCCUCCUUCAUUCUCCUCCCUCGCUGUCCUCCUCCUCUCCUUCAUCCUUGACCUCGUCGAUGGCAUGCUGGCUCGGCGCCUGGGACAGACGAGCAAGCUCGGGGCGAUCCUCGACAUUCUUGCAGACAACCUGGGGAGGAGCGCAGUGUGGGCGAAGGCGUCGGGGAGGAGCGCGUCUGUGCAUGCCUUCGCUGUCUUCUUCAUCUCCCUCGAGUGGGUCACGCUCUUCGCUACUCAGAUGACGAGCCACCUGGAGGGAGGCCGCCAUUGGAAGCAGCAGACGUCCGAGGAGCCUUGGAUGGUACGAGCCUACUUCAAGAACAACUUCAAGAACCCUCUGGGAACAAGCGGCAUCCUCGGCCUCUUCCUCCUCCCCACCUACAUCUUCAUCGAUUCGCAAUUCCCAUCCAUCGCGAGUUCCUUCCCCCCAUCCUUGUGGCUUCUUGUGGGCGUUUGGCUUCUGCUCGGCCGGCUGGCGUCUGCAUGUUUGGAGAUGUACUUUACAAUCAGAUUCUUCCGCAGGCUGCUCAGCCCCUCAUAG